CACUGGUUGUGAUUAUAAAAAGGUUUGGAGUCAGCAGUCCUAUCUCUCCCUAACCCCCCCCGAACCUUGUCAGCAGCAGCCGGGGCUGUCUCUAUGCUGCAUUUCCCUGCUUUCUCUCCCACCUCCCUCCUCCAGCUCACUCCUCAUUUCGCCACGUUCCAAGAGCUCAGAUGCUGCUGGGAUGAGCAGCUUGCAGCAUUUGGGGUUUGAGCCAUCAGAGGCUUGCUCACCACCACAGCACUGCCAUGCCAGGAGAGGAGCCUGGUCACAGACAUGGAUGCGAGAGGAGAACCACCUAUUGACUCAUUAAUGCUUAGUGCAGCUGAGAAGGGGCAAGGGGAGGGGAAGAAAUGAGCCUGACGGGGUAAUAGAGAGAGAGCGCAGAAGAGUGAAAGACCGAGAAAAAGAGACUAAAUGUGGGUGAGGAAGGACUAAACUGCCAUGCAGAGUAGCAGAAAAAAAUAAAAAGACAGUGACUGAAAUUAUCCUCUGUUGCUCUAGAUAAGAGGAGAGCUAGGAAGAAAAGGCUGGAGUGUGGAAAAGAAAGGAAGAGAAAUGACAGAAUUGAUGGAAAGGAUAAGGACAGUGCACACAAUGUCUGCAUCUAUGCUGGCUUGCCUGCUGCUCCUGAUGCUAUGUGGAGUGUCUGUACUGGCUAUCUGUCCCCCGAUGUGUUCCUGUGGCAGGGGACAUCGAGUGGUGGACUGCUCUGCCCGAGGUCUCGUACUGCUACCGAACAGCCUGCAGCAUAACAUUCAUUUCCUCAACUUGUCCCACAACCGGCUACAAGACCUAGAUGGAGCGCUCGGCCGCUUUGCCCACCUAAGAACUCUGGAUAUCUCCCACAACCAUCUCAGCCACCUUCCGGCUGGCCUGCCGCGGGCACUGUGGGAUAUCCAUGCAUCAGCUAACCUCAUUCGCCACCUCGAGAAAAACGACACUGCUUACCACUGGAACCUGCAGUUCUUAGACUUAUCAAACAACCUGUUAGAGCGUGUGGUCUUCAUUAACAACACACUACCCAGUCUGCGAGCACUCAACCUAAGCCACAACAAGUUCUGGACUGUGCCAACCAACAUGCCCCACAAUCUGCAGAUGGUGGAUCUCUCCCACAACUUUCUGCUACAGAUACUGCCUGGCUCACUGGACCGCCUUCCCAGGCUGUCCCGAUUCUACCUGCAUGCUAAUCGCUUUGCUUCAGUGAGUGAGGGUGUGUUCAAUCGACUGGAAGCUUUGCAACUCCUUACACUUGGGGAUAACCCCUGGGCCUGUGAGGCUGAGGAAAACAUCACAAAUCUCCUAAACUGGGUGCAGCAGACCUCAGCAAAAGUGCUGGGCUGCCCUUGCUACAUCAGGCCUAAUUGUGGCGAAGCCCACCUGUCCACCACCAGAACCCGGCACUCGCCUUCAUACACCGAACCUCCGUUGGGUGCCGACACUCGUGAUCAACCACAUUUGCAUGCUGUCACUUCUGGAUAUCUGUCCAAAUCAGCAUUGCUCAACUUUCCAUACAACUGGAGUAUUGAGAAUUCCUCUGGGGCAUCUGAGCAGGCACUGAUCAAGGGUGUGGGACUACUCCCGUCCACCCCGUACAGUCUCUCAACCCAGACAAGCACAACAAUCCGCACACGGAGCACCAAAAAGGCAUUGCCUGGCAGAGCUCGCAGCACAAGCACCCAAAUCCAGCCUGGCAAAACUCAUACUGUCGCAUUAAACCUUUUGGGCACAGCAAUCAUUCUCUGUACCUUUUGAUUUUGCAUCAAGCUGGAAUAAUUCCAGACCAAGAAUUUGCAAUUGGUCUGGAUUUAAAACAAAACCACACCUUUAUGGAUGUACAAGGAAGGUCAAAAGAAGGUUCUUGUGUUCUUGGCUUUUACCUACACAGUUUGACUGGUCCUGACUCUAUAGAUAUUCUCCACAGUAUAUAUGUGUUGGUCUGGGGAAAACCCUUUGCUGCUGUGGACGAAUUCUGGGGAAAUUUUUUUUUGACCAAAACAGGGGUUUCUGCUUUACAAACAUACUUCGACACCCCAAAUUGAAGAAACCAUAAAUAUAUUGUUGGGUAAGGAGACAGUUUAACAAAUGCAGUGGUAAAAUCAGUCAGUCUGCUUAAAAAAAAAAAAGAAAAAAAAAAAAAGGGUCUAAAGCCUUGCUAACUAAGUGUGAUUUCCUCACACAGUGAAUGUCAGACUUUGAUCAAGUUGCUGGAUAGCUAUGUGCUGUAAAAAGGUGGAAUUGCAAAUUGGUUAGUGCUAAAUCUCAAAAGGGAGAAAACUGAAACUAAAGAUUCCUUUCUCUGCAGUGAGAAAGGAAUCUUUAAGGCAAUUUUCUCCCUUUUGACAUUUGGGUGUAGCCAGACUUCAAAAUAUGGUUGAGAUACAUAUAAAAGAAAACCAGUUCAGGAAAGGCUGUAGUUCUCAGAAGUACUGCCAUUGAAAAUGUCAAAAUGUCACCAGGUGAAGCGGUUUACCCUAGCCACCACACACAUACUCGGUCUGCUUCAAACAAAUUGGCCACUAUUGUCUAUGCAGUAUGUGUCAUCUAUAGUUAUCGUGACAAACUAAUAUAAACGCAUACAAAUGACUUAAAACAAUAGCGUGGAAAAAUAAUCUCUCCUGUAUUAUGCUUGACCAUAGGAACAGUAUAACAUUCAAACAUUUGGAAUGCAGUAUACUGUGAUUUUUCAUAUAGCAUAACACUUUCAAGAUUAUACAUGACAUGCCAGGAAUCCACAAACUGCAGUAACCUAGAUGUAAGAUACCCUUAAAUAUUAAUAACUGCAUCAUACUAAGACCAAGGGAGCAAGAAACAACUUAACUAAAACUGGAAAUAAAGUCUAUCAUGGAAACAAAAAUCAGUAAAAAGAUGAUCGUAUAAAUGAUUGCUGCAUGUGCUGUGCUUGCUCCAUCUCUAAACAGAUGUGACUGAUAACACUCAGUAGUCUUACAA